AUGAUCAAACAAAUACGUUGUCGAACUUUCUCGCACUGGCCACAUCGUAGUUCACCAUCUUCGAGACAAAUGAUCGAAGCUGGUUUUUUCAAUUGUAAUGUUGGCGAUCGAGUGAUCUGUAUCUAUUGUAAUCUCAUCUGUCAACAGUGGAUACCACAGACAGAUGAUCCAUGUGAAGUACAUAAAAUACUUUCGCCUAAAUGUCCAUUUGUAGUAAAUAUGUUAAUACGGUGUGAAGUUACGCCUCCUUCGAUCAUUAAUCAAAACACAGAAAACAAUGGAGCCUCAAUGUUUGCUGGUGCCAAUGGUUUUCGCUCGCACGAUAUUGUUGUUGCUGCAGCUUGCAAUCCAUCUUAUAUAGAAAUUCCAAAACGUCAUCAAUCAUUCACUUUAUGGCCGAGCGAACCGUUGCCUUCUGUUGACGACCUCGUUCGUGCAGGCUUCUUCUAUACUGGUACUAAAACGAUAGUUACAUGCUUCUACUGCAAUGGCUCGUUACAGAAUUGGGGUGCAAACGAUAAUCCUACAAUAGAACAUGCUCGGUGGUUUCCCCAAUGUGCAUAUGCUAAACAACUCUGUGGAGAUGAGCUCUAUCGAAAAAUUCAGGAAUCGAAACGAGUUGCAAAAGAACAUGCCAGGGCUAGUGAAUCAACCAACAAUGUUACUAGUAAUCCUCAGAAACUGAAAAUACCGGAUGAAAGUACAUUGUCUCGUUUGGUGGCUGCUCGUCUGGAUUUGCCUGUAUCACAAAAUUUGCUUGACAAAGAUUUCAAACUAUCAGUGAUUAAACGUUGUUGGGAGGACCAACUGCGUUUCAAAUGUCCGUAA